AUGAGCCAUGAUAAAGACGUUGCAAUCCAGGAGGCUUGUAUUUUGACACUAGGAACUGCACAGUGGAGGUUGAAAAAAUGGAGAUGUCUCCAUUAUCCUUUGUCUGAGGGGAUAUGUAUCAAUGGUGUUUUGUAUUAUAUAGGUCGAGUAGUAGAAGGUUCUGCUGUGGUGAUAGUUUCCUUUGAUUUUAGGUCUGAGGGGAAAUUCAUGUUGAUUCCGGAAGUUAAUGGCAUUGCUCUUUGGUCAAGGCCUAGUGUUUUGGUUAAUUUCAAAGGUAAGUUAGGAGGAAUUCAGAGUGAGUGGCGUGCUAAUGAUGCUGUAGAUGGAAGGCUUAGCCUUGUGUUGUCUUUAUGGGUUUUAGAGGAUGUUGGCAAGCGGGAGUUUUCUAAACGUGUCUACAAUUUGCCGGAAUUGUGGGAGAACCGAAACGUUAAUGCCUCUGUUCACAAUGCUGGAGUGACUGCUACUGGUGAAGUUGUUUUGUCGAGAGAGUGUACAUCGUCUAACCCAUUCUAUGUUUUCUACUUCAAUCUUGAUAGCUACACUCUACGAAGAGUUGAGAUCCAAGGAUUUGAAAAGCUUGAGAGAUAUAGAGUUCGAGCCUUUGUAGACCAUGUUGAGGAUUUAAAGUUUCUAGCAGCGAGCUAA